AUGCCAUCCCCCAUCUCCCCCCUAAACAGCUACAAAGCACCCCCAACCCCAUCCCUCUCCUCCCAAACAUUCCACAUCGCAGGUAUCCAGACCACCGUCUUUGGUCUGUCCGAAAUCCCCGCCAAUGUCUCCGAAGUAGUCUGCGUCUGGCUCGUCCAUCCUCGUCUAGAUUCACAAAAGGACAUGGCCGAGGUCGCUAAAAGGAUUGUACACGACCACUAUCAACGCUUCGCUACCGAGUCUCCGGGAGGACGGAAAAAGAGGGGGUUGAUAGCAGUCACGUUUGAUGCAAGAAACCAUGGCUCGAGAGAGACUGAUCGUUUGUCAAAUGAGGUUUGGAGAACGGGGAAUGAGAAUCAUGCUUCUGAUAUGUUUUCUGUAUACUCCGGCACAGCUGAGGAUAUAUCAACCCUAAUCGACUUUCUCCCAGCAUACAUCUUCCCAACCAGCCAACACUCAAUAGCCACCCACUUCGCCCUGGGCAUUUCUUUAGGUGGCCACACAACCUGGCUCACCCUUGUGCACGAACCACGCAUCACAACAGGCGUCGUGAUAGUCGGUAUGCCAGAUUACAUCGCACUAAUGACCGAUAGAGCCCGACUCUCAAAGCUCUCUACCUAUCUACAGCCCAGCGAUGCACCGGGGAGCCAAUUUCUAGGAUCGCGGCAUUUCCCUUCUUCGCUGCUAGAGGUUGUUCGCAAACGGGAUCCAGCUGCUUUUCUGACAGGCGGGAUUCCAGAUUCCUUGCCUCGGGAUGAGUACAACCUUCAAUCUAUUGAAACUAUCAACCGAUAUCUAGGUGGAAAAAGGAUCUUGUGCAUGUCUGGUGCCACCGACAAACUGGUACCGUAUCGGCUUACGGAGCCGUUUAUGACUUGGUUAAAAAAUCAUGCGGCGACUGGGAGUGCUGUAGUCGGUAUGGGUGAUGGACCGAUUAAGAAGGCGGAUUUGUGGGUUGAGGAUUCGGUGUAUCAGGAUGCGGCUCAUGAUUUUACGGAGGCGAUGAUGGAGGAAGCGUUAGAGUUUAUGCAUCAGUCUGUGUUGAGGUUAGAUGAGAGGAAAGAAGACGUGAAGAGUAAUUUGUAA